AUGGCCGGACCAAAAGGAGCAUCGAUACCGAGCUGGCAGCAAGGAGCUGCUCAGAAGGAGGCUCCGUCUGACGACACCGCCAUGCCAGAACAGAGCUCUAGCACGGAGCUGGAGAGCAAGGAAACCCUUAUCGAACAGGCCAGGCGGUUUCUACAAGACGAAUCAAUAUCAGAUGCACCUACGGACAAGAAAAUCGCAUUCCUAGAGUCCAAGGGGCUCUCAAACGAUGACAUCCACACCGUUCUCGGGGUAUCUAGAAACGUCGAAGCCACCGCCGACGACGACACUGCCACCCAAUCUACAGAAACCAAGCAACAACCCUCCUCCAAUAAACCUCCUAGCGAGCCCAUCUCUCCUCCCGCACAGUCGUCGCCAGCGUCGUCUCCAACGCCACCCAGCAGGGACGUGCCUCCAAUUAUAACAUAUCCCGAAUUCCUCUUACAUCAGUCAAAGCCACCUCUUAUUACGUUCCAGAAUUUCCUAUAUACUAUAUACGGCGCCGCGGGCCUGGCAGCCAGCAUUUAUGGCGCGAGUGAGUUUCUCGCCAAACCAAUGCUAGAGUCACUCAACGGCGCCCGUCACGAAUUCUCCCAAACCGUGCAAGGGAAUCUAAAGACGUUGAACGAGAAGCUGGAGGAAAGAGUGUCCUCCAUCCCACCGACGGUCUCGAAGCCGAAACAUAUAGCAGAAGAUGAGAGCGAGGGUGACAAUGAGUCAGUGACGUCGGACCCGACGGAGCUCUUUCAUCGAGAUAUCGCUACCCAGACGACAGUGGACCUCGACACAUCCGCUUCAUCUCAAACACCAGCAGGCACAGAAGUACAGGCGGAGUCGGCGGCACAGAAAGCAAUCGAUAACCACCUUUCACGUCUCCAGUCGAUAUCCUCCCAGUUAAGCAGCGUGGUGACCACUGAAAAGUACAGCGAUGCCACACAGAAUUAUGCCAAAAGCAGACUAUCAGAGUUACACACGUAUCUUGAUAGUUUGACAUAUAGCUCUCCGUCAUAUUUGAGUUCUUCUUUAUACGGCGCAUACGAUGAUUUCACUGAUGUCAAAAAGGCCAGUUCAUCUGGUGGUGAGGAGGAGGCCAUUGCGGCAUUUAAAUUGGAGGUGCGGAGUGUCAAGGGGACUUUGCUGAGCGCCAGGAACUUUCCAUCUGGUAGUGGCGGGUUAAGGGCAGGAUCCGUAGCGCGGUAA